AGAAAAAGAGGGAGGGGACAGAGAGCACACCAUGUCCUCCUGCCUGCAAUUUAAUAUAAUCUUACUUUACACCUACCUGAAGGUUAGCUAUAUUUAAUGUCCCUUUUUUUUUAUGCUAAUACCAUCAAGAGAGAUACCACCAGCCACCCCCUCGACCCCGUCUCACCAACUCGCAUCUAGAAGCAAUUAGGGUCACUUCUACCCCCUUCCCUUUCUCUCUCUUUCUCUCUAAAAGAGUCAAAAGCCUAUAAAAUCACUUCUCGAGGGCCGGCCUUGAUGUUCUAGCAACAAGAAAAAAGGAGGCCUCCGUCUCUAGUCCUACCACAACACCGCACACCCUUCUAAGAAAAAAAAAAAAAAAAAGACCCACCAAAAAUAUCCUACUGAAAUGGGAAGGUCUCCUUGCUGUGAAAAAGCCCAUACAAACAAGGGUGCGUGGACCAAGGAGGAAGACGAUCGCCUUGUUGCUUACAUUAGAGCUCACGGUGAAGGUUGCUGGCGCUCACUUCCUAAAGCCGCUGGCCUUCUUAGAUGUGGCAAGAGUUGCAGGCUUCGUUGGAUCAACUAUUUAAGACCUGACCUUAAACGUGGCAAUUUCACCGAAGCAGAAGAUGAGCUCAUUAUCAAACUCCAUAGCCUCCUUGGAAACAAAUGGUCACUCAUAGCUGGAAGAUUACCAGGGAGAACAGAUAAUGAGAUAAAGAAUUAUUGGAACACACAUAUAAGAAGGAAGCUUUUGAACAGAGGCAUAGAUCCCGCAACUCAUAGGCCACUCAACGAACCAGCAGUACAAGAAGCCACAACAACAAUAUCUUUCACCACGACUACUACUUCAGUACUUGAAGAAGAGUCUCUGGGUUCUAUAAUUAAAGAGGAAAAUAAAGAGAAGAUAAUUAGCGCAACUGCUUUCGUAUGCAAAGAAGAGAAAACCCAAGUUCAAGAAAGGUGUCCAGACUUGAAUCUCGAACUUGGAAUUAGCCUUCCUUCCCAAAACCAGCCUGAUCAUCACCAGCCAUUCAAAACUGGAGGAAGUAGAAGUCUUUGUUUUGCUUGCAGUUUGGGGCUACAAAACAGCAAGGAUUGCAGCUGCAAUGUUAUUGUGAGCACUGUUGGGAGCAGUGGCAGCACUAGCACAAAGACUGGUUAUGACUUCUUGGGCAUGAAAAGUGGUGUUUUGGAUUAUAGAAGUUUAGAGAUGAAAUAAAGAUAUUUGGGGCUAAUUGAUGUUGAUGCUGUAGUUGAAAAAGAAUGGAGAGAAAGGAGAAAGGGAUUGCUAUUAAAUUGAAAAUCUCUUUAUGAAUUCCUCCAUUUCUUUUCCUACUCUCAAAUUUGUAUGAAUUCAUGAUUAGUGCAUGAUAGUGCACAUAUACUAUUAGUGCAGGUUAGUGAUCAUUAUAA